AUGCGUCCUAUCCAUCUCCUCCUCACCACACUGGCUUGCGCGGCGGCACUCCCAGCAGCUACGCCAGUCGACCCCGUUCUACCCGUAGCACGCGAAGCUCUCCCGGAUCCUGUCAGCAAAGGACAUUUCGGUGGCACCGGGAGACGAGAAGCUGAGCCUGAGCCCCUCAGAAAAGGGCACUUCGGUGGUCCAGGCAAGCGUGAGGCUGCUCCAGCGCCCAUCGGAAAAGGGCAUCUGGGAGGCUCAGGCAAGCGUGAAGCUGCUCCAGAGCCCAUCGGCAAAGGUCACCUCGGUGGUACAGGCAAGCGUGAGGCUACUCCAGAGCCCAUCGGCAAAGGGCAUCUGGGAGGCUCAGGCAAAUAA